AUGGGUGGCGCCGACGGCGGUGGGAGGAACGGCGGGGCGGCGACGAGGCGGUACAACAGGUCCACGGUGCCGAGGCUGAGGUGGACGAGCGAGCUCCACCGCAGCUUCGUCCGAGCCGUCGACUGCCUCGGCGGGCCGGACAAAGCCACUCCGAAGCUCAUUCUACAGCUCAUGGAUGUCAGAGGGCUCACCAUUGCCCAUGUCAAGAGUCACCUUCAGAUGUACAGAAGUUCAGGACACGACAUGAGAAAGAGAGAGAUGCAACCACGGCUAGGACAUCUGAAGCACUCAUUCACCAUUGAUGGAGGAGGCCCCAAGGAAUUCUUCUGCCCACCCAUGAAAAGGGCAAAGGCAGGGGCAGAAGCUCCAGCCACGGCCAUGCACGAAAGAAUGCAGGGGAACAGUGACAUGGGGGCUGCUGGCGCCCGGCGCUGCAGCGAUGAUUACACGCAAGCGGUGCCCGUGGGCAGCAGGAGGAUAACCGAGUGCCCCGGCUUGCCAUGGCAGAGGGAGGCCUCUGCUGCUUCUGCACUGCAAGAGCUGGGAUUUUGGGUGCGAGGAACCGAGCCCUUCAAGAUUGGCAGGCCCAUAGCAAAUCGUCUCAGCCCUGUAGUGAGGCCGCUAUCUUCGAAGGAGAUCAAGUGCGAAGACAGAUGCUUCUUGUUUGGCACUGCCACUAGAGACGAACCGGCCAAGAGACGUUCACCGUCGCAACCGCCAGCCUCCAUUGACCCAAAAGCGGCUGUGGCCGCAGUGUCUUCCUUGCCCAGUGAAGGCAGCUGCGUCCUCUCGCCGCCGCCGCCGUCGACGAGCUUCAAUGGAUGCUCAAGGCCAGGCAGAGGCAGCUGCUUAUUUGCCGGGCAGAGGAUUAACCUGAACCUUUCCCUAUCAAUAUGCGGAUCAUAGCUUAAUCAAUGUGCCGGAUUUUGUACAUUAAACGUAUCCAUGUCGCAUGCUCCUGUAUUUUUUUUUCUUCUGGUGCUGUAGUUUGUUUCCACUGGUAGCUUGGCACAAAUUGAGGAGUAACUAGUUGUCGAGAAUUUAAGCGCCUUAGCAAAGAUCUUAGGAAUGACAGUUCACAAGUUCCAUUGUAUGGAUGUGGCAAAGGCAAAACUGUCUGCUGGAAGUGACCGGCAAAACAGAAGCAUGAACCAAGACAGAUCAGCCCACAAACUUAGGACACUUUCAGUGAUCCAUGUAGGCCAAAUGUAGGUGCCCCAUGAGGAAUACAGUGCUGCUGUCAGCCUGUCCUUACUGUUCCUCCCAUUCUGCCCCCUUACUUCGGCUGGCAGCUCCUGUACCUGCAGGGGUUUCCUCAAGUCCUGAACAAAGGAGAUUCUCCAUGCCCUUAAAAUGUUUCUGCUUUCUUGAAAGCAUUCAAAGCAAGGAUUUUAUGUCAAAGGAGUUUCGGAAUGUACCAAGAAGUAUCUAAUGCGAAGUGCCUCAUCAUGCUGCAUGCCUCUUGUAAUUUUCAUAUCAGAUAUGUCAGAGCAUAGGUUUAACAGCAAAGAUGACUCAAUUGAGGCCAGUCUAUACGAGCAAUGUACUCAUGAGUCAUGACUAUGCAAGUAUGCAUGAUGCCUUCCUCUCCCUCCCUGCUGAAAUGAAACAACAGAAUGAUUAAAACAUCAGUCAUCUCAUGUGCGUGCGUGUGUUGUCUAUGUCGUCUACAUUUGAGCUGGCGUUUGUUAAAAAGCCUAAGAGCCAGGGGCAAAGCUAGUUGACACCGACCAC